UAACGAGGUUUUUACGACCAAUCCUGCUUUUAACGUUUCCGGAAAAUAAAAGAUUACGUGAGGCAUUCUAUAACCUUUGCCGAACGGCAUUAGACGUAAUACCAGUAUUCGGUCUAUUUGCGGCAAGCAUCUUGUUUUUCGGCGUAAUUACCCUCAAAUUUGUGACUGGAAAAAAGCUGGUUUACUCAAACGGAGCACUAUACUUUAAUGACUAUUUUGAUAUUAUUUGGGAUCUAUACGUGCUGACUACCACGGCCAAUUCACCUGAUGUUAUAAUCCCUGCUUAUGAAAAUGAUCGUCGAAGCAUGUGCAUCUAUAUUCUUGUAUGCGUAAUCAGUAAUUGGCUAUUUAUGGGCAUAAUAACAGCCACUGUGUACAAUGCAUACAAGACUCACCUAGGAAACUAUGUCACCAAUACUGCCGUUCGGCGAAAAAAGCUUCUUAACGAAGCUUUUACUCAUGUCGCCACGGGAAACGAAAGUGGAAUAUACGUAAUCCCCCUGAGUGACUUCAUUCGCCUGAUGAGUGCAGCAUUUCCGGGGCAUGAUAUUUCCACAAAUGUAAUGCUCUUUCAUGUCCUGGAUAAGGAUAAAUCGGGAGCCCUGGAUGAACCACAGUUUUCUCGCCUAUCCGAAUACAUGCAACUGCAUUUUGAGAAGAUACGAAUGAGCCGGAAAAACUUCAUCAAAUUGUUGCCCGCAUGUUAUAAAAUCGUCAUGUCUCCACCAUUCCAAAUGAUUCGGCGA